AUGCAGAUCCGGUCCACCAUGCACGCGUUCGCCGCCAUCCGCAAAGACGGCACAGUCGUGACUUGGGGCCGCGUCGACGCAGGCGGCGACAGCAGCGCUGUGCAGACGCAGCUCACUGGCGUGCGGGAGAUUGCAUCGACGGGCUACGCAUUCGCGGCCAUCCGUGACGAUGGGAGCGUGGUGACUUGGGGCCGGAG